UCCCACACCCACGCCAGAGCACUGAAACUACACACACCUGACUUGAGGUAGAGUGUAGUACCCGUGUGUGUGUGUGGAGCUCGGGUAUUGAACCUCGCUUAUUUGGGCCUGUUCCCACGUCUGUGGCAGUGGUCAUGUGGACGACAAACAGUGUUGUGGUGUUGCUGCUUCUCCUCUUCUCUCUCUGCGGAGAUGGAGCGAGAGCGGAGGAGAGCCUUCCCUGCAUCCCCAGGGACUUCGGCCACAGCUCCUUCGUGUGCGUGUGCAACGCCUCCUACUGCGACACCUUACCCCCGCCCGAAGCGCCUCCCGAGGGAGCGUUCCUCCUCUACAGCUCCGAUAUGACCGGUGACAGAUUCCUGAAGAGCCAAGACUUCUUCAGCAGUGUUGGGGAUGACGUGUCGGCGGAGACGGUGGAGUUGGUGGUGGACCCGACGGUGACCUACCAGACUGUUGUGGGGUGGGGCGGCGCCUUCACCGACGCAGCAGCUGCCAACAUUCUCAGCCUCUCUCAGCCCGCACAGGACCUCCUCCUCGGAUCGUACUUCUCGUCCUCUGGGAUCGAGUACAACAUCGGUCGAGUCAACAUGGGUGGCUGCGACUUCUCCUGGAGGGAGUACACCUAUGUCGACACCGAGGGCGACGUCGACCUCAACACCUUCGCCCUCCAGCCAGAGGACACAGAGUACAAGAUUCCUGUGAUCAAGCGGGCCGAGGCUCUGGCCGGACACCCCCUGACGCUCUUCGCCUCGCCCUGGACGGCGCCGCCCUGGAUGAAGACCAACGACGACUACGUAGGCUACGGGUACCUCCAGAAGGAGAUGUAUCAGCCCUGGGCCAACUACUUCGUCAAGUUCCUGGACGGGUACGCAGCGGAGGGCGUCACGUUCUGGGGCGUGACGGCGCAGAACGAGCCCAGAGACGGCCAGGUCCCGGGCUUCGCCUUCAACUGCAUGGGGUGGACGCCCCUGCAGCAGCGGGCGUGGGUGGGCGGCAACCUCGGCCCCACGCUCGACGCCCACGGCUACGGCGCCCUUAAGGUCAUGAUCCUCGACGAUCAGCGCUAUAACCUGCCGCUAUGGGCGGAGAAGGUCCUGAACGACAGCUUCGCAACGCAGUACGUGGACGGCAUCGCCGUUCACUGGUACGGCGACGACUACUCUCCCGCCGGCCUCCUCGACGACACUCACGACCUCUUCCCAGACCACUUCAUCCUGGGCACCGAAGCCUGUGCAGGAUACCUGAAGGACCCCGUGGUGCUGGGCUCGUGGGAGAGACUGGAACAGUACGCUCACGAUAUCAUCACUGACGUGAACCACUGGGUGGUGGGCUGGGUGGACUGGAACUUAGCCCUGGACCUGGAAGGAGGACCUAACUGGGAGAGCAACUUCGUCGACUCCCCGAUCAUCGUUAACCAGGAGGCGGACGAGUUCUACAAGAACCCCAUGUUCUACGCCUUGGGUCACUUCUCGAAGUUUGUGAAGGAGGGCGCUGUGAGGAUCAGCUUGACCUCCACUGACCUCCAGGACCUGAGCGCCACCGCCUUCACCAACACCGACGGCUCCACUGUGGUCGUGCUGCUUAACAGGUCAGAGGCUGAUUUGGAGGUUGCUGUGAGAGUGGCUGGGAGGGGCACCAUGCUCUUGAAGGUGGGGCCUCGCUCUCUCCAUACUGCUUUCUUCUGAGGUACAGGCGAAGCAGGCUGUGGAGCAGGAGCAGGAGCAGGAGGAGGAGGAACAGUGGACGAUGUGAAGUGUUGACAGGUGUUGGAUAUAAGGUUAGAUGUCUGCAGGUGUGGGUAGGGAGAUUCAUUAACAGGUGUUAGAGAAGAGAAUGGGAGUGACAAUGAGGUAAAUUAACCUCUGGAUGCAAGAAGAUGAUGCCACCAGGUCAACUCUCUCCUGUUUCCUUGAUAAUGACUGACAAGUGUGCCCAGGAUUCCUGUCUCUCGCAUUCUUGUCACCUUCACUGAUGUCUCAAGGUCGUCCCCCCUUCCCUUGCAAGUCCCACUGAUGUCUCAAGGUCGUCCCCCCUUCCCUUGCAAGUCCCACUGAUGUCUCAAGGUCGUCCCCCCUUCCCUUACAAGUCCCACUGAUGUCUCAAGGUCGUCCCCCCUUCCCUUGCAAGUCCCACUGAUGUCUCCAAGUCGUUCUCCUACUCCUAAAAUAUGUUCAUAUCUAAAUCAUUAUUAAUAAAUAAAAAAAAUCAUCAUUAUAAAAGGAAUGCUAUUUAUACAAAUUUAGCAUCGUAUCUCCUUAUGAUUACUCUUUGUACCCCCAUCGCCUUGUCCUUGAUAACAACAUAGAAGCCUCUUCUAGAAGCCAACGCUGCUAUCAUUAUACAAUACCGCUACCACCAUUAUACAACAACGCUGCCACCAUUAUACAACAACACUGCCACCAUUAUACAACAACACUGCCACCAUUAUACAACAACACUGCCACCAUUAUACAACAACACUGCCAACAUUAUACAACAACACUGCCACCAUUAUACAACAACGCUGCCACCAUUAUACAACAACGCUGCCACCAUUAUACAACAACGCUGCCACCAUUAUACAACAACGCUGCCACCAUUAUACAACAACGCUGCCACCAUUAUACAACAACGCUGCCACCAUUAUACAACAACACUGCCAACAUUAUACAACAACACUGCCACCAUUAUACAACAACACUGCCACCAUUAUACAACAACGCUGCCACCAUUAUACAACAACACUGCCAACAUUAUACAACAACGCUGCCACCAUUAUACAACAACGCUGCCACCAUUAUACAACAACGCUGCCAACAUUAUACAACACUCGGAUAGAAGCCCUUUACAAAACUGUAAUUAAAAUAUUACAUAUAAAGAUUGAAACAAAAUUGACUUUCACCCAACUAAUAUGAAUUAAUCUGGGAUUGAACUAUUAGCUAUUCUGGCUUCACUUUACAUUCAAAAUAAAAACAAACUGAGUGAUUAUGUCGAAAUAUUAUUUCUGAACCUGAAUAACGAGAUAUUUAACAAGAAAAAAACAUCAGACCUGAAAAAGUUUCAGGUUACCCUGAACACAUUUAUUUACUAACUUCACAUACAAAUACUACACAAACUUAUGCAUCUUUCACUUGGCUUCAGUCACUCGUGUUCUUCUUCCCUAACCCAUUCUACAACCUCAAAUCCAUUUGCCGAGUCUCAAGGCUACCUGGCUUUCAAUACCACCACUUAUUUGACCUUCCUGUCACCAUUCUACGGUACAAACCCCUUGUUUUACUCACCUUAAGACGUUCUAUAGUCUCGAAGCUAGUCUUGGCUUUCACCACCCCAUCACUGGCUUGGCAUAUACCCCACAUGUAUGAGUAUUUCUCAACACAUAAUACACACAAAUGACCUGUCAGUGAAGAAGAUCUGUACUUUGUACCCUCAACACUGAAAGCUGACAUUUAUAAGACACCUGAGAGCUUGUGUCUUGUGUCUCAACAUUUGCCCAGAGUAAGAGGUACUGUGAUGACUUGAGAGUCUGGUCCCUCCCCCUAUCAGAUCCCACUUUAUGUCUCCAGAUGGUCUUCACCUAUUCAAUUUUGCUAUGUAUCGUCCCCGAUAUCUCUAUCUCCUCUUGUCUCUCUACUUCCUCCUCCUCCUUCUCCUCUCUGAACACCUCCAAAGUCGUUUUGAUCCUCUUCAUCAACGCCUUCUCGUCAUCCCUAAGCCCCCUUUUCCCCUCCUCCAAUGUCUUCUCCACAACCUCAUCUUCCACCACCUUCAACGCCUGCUUCUUCAAAGUCUAUUUCACCAAAGGUUCACCUCCAACGCUUUCUCCUACUCCUCCAACGCCUCCUCCUGCAGCAACAACAUCCACGCCAAUACACACGAGCAAUAAGCGGCUUCCAGCAACAUUUUUGUGUAUCCUCCCAAGUUCCUUGGCCUCCAUCCUCCUACCUUCUCCUGCGCCAUAAUAUCCCCGGCUCCUUAUGCUCUCCUGCACGCCGGAUUCAUCCCUAAAUGGAAGUAAUUAUGUCAAGGACUCCCGCUGAGUUUCUGCUCAUACGAGCUGCCUUAGUUUCGCUGUCACAAGAGCAAUAUUUAUUUCUCAAGCUUUUGCCUAAUUGGAGGAAGCGUUUUGACCUGAUAUUAUGCUUGAUUGCUUGAUACUACGAUACCUGGGGAUGCCCUUAGGCUCUGUAGCAUAAUGAUGCCAUGGUAAUCUGUACUCUGACAAUCAGACACUGACAGUCUAACAGUCAGACACUCUGACAAGAUAGACACUCAAAACUGUCAGACCUUGACAGUCAGACAGUCUGACAGAUCUCUCUCAGACUGUCAGACUGAGAAUCAGACAGUCUGACAGAGUUUGGCUUAUAAUAAAUAUAAUGCAUAGUC